AUUUAGCUUAGAAUGACUCUAAAAAUCAAAAAAUUCAAAAAAUUUUUGGUUUGUUUUGAGUGUAAAUUUGCCGCAUCAUGGCGCUGUAAUCGCUCACCAUUCACUUACAUCCUGUUAGCCUUCACAUUGACUUUUAUUUUAUCACACAGCUGACUCCUGACUCGCUGUUUAUUCAGUAUGACUCCGUACGCUGAACGCUAAUCAUUUCCUCGCGGCACGAACCAAACAAACAAACAGUUAAAUACAUGCCGUUAAUCAUUAUCGCGCUCGCGCUGGUAAACGCCCAACGCUCCCAGAAUCAAUCAAAACCAAUCUGUGAUAAAAUAAACCACACGUAAAAACAUGCAGAUUUCCAUACAAGUUGAAGAUAAAACCACCGCCAGCAAUAGUGAAGCCGCCUCCAAACGCGCAACAUGCGUCCGCCUUCGCAACGCACUCUGCAGACUCUCCUUAAUCAACACGCUAACAAUAAUCAUCCUGUUGAGCUUCGUUGUCUGCGCUGUUUAUCUCUGCAAAACAUACAUCCGCAGUGUUCUCUACUGGUUGGAAAACCAGGACUCCACUGUGAUUAGUCUUACGAUAAUCAUACUCUUCACACUGGUUUCCUUACCCAUCACAGUUGGGUAUAUUAUUUUAGUGAUGGCUGAUGGUUACCUCUUUGGGAUGUUUAAUGGACUUAUGUUGAGUAUUAUUGGAGCUAAUACUGGUUUAUGUAUUGCGCAUAACAUUCUCAAGUUGGUGUCACAUCACCAUUCAAUUGCACACAUCCGAGAGAAUGAAACUACUAAAGCCAUCAUGAGAGUCAUCUCAGGCCCAUUGUGUUUCAAAAUUGUUCUGUGUGCAAGACUUACACCUAUUCCUUUUGGGUUACAGAAUACAAUAUUUGCUCUGAGUAAUGUGAAUACGAAGAUAUAUCACAUUGCUUCAUUCUUUGGAUUGUUGCCAGCACAGUUGUUGGCUGUUUAUGUGGGGACAACAGUGAGAUCCAUGCAGGAUGUCAUAGAGAAUAGGAGUAUUUCAACAGGAGCUUAUGUUCUUUUAUUAGUACAAUUGGUAAUGGGUGCGUCGUUGAUAUGGAUAGUCGGGUCAAAAGCCCGUAAAGAGUUAUUUAAAGCCCUCUCGGAAGGUGAAGGCAAGAUGCAGACCAAGUCUGGUAACUUAGGAAUUGUUUAAAUGUGUUAAAACGAACCAUAUCGAAGGAAAUGUUGGUGGAAACAUGGAAAAACAGUAAGAAUGGUCUAUUGUAAGUAGUUGUACAUAUGUUUUGAUAUUAUUUAUUGCAAAUUUAUAUAUUUUUUGUAUUUUGUGUUUGUUUUGUUUUGUUUUUGUUAAUAUUUGUGAUAUUGUUUGUUUUAGUCUCGUUUUGUUUGUCCCUUCCUCCACACGUCACCCCACUGAGAUGUAUUUAUUGCGUGUGUUGUGUGCGUUUUGUGUGUUUGUGCCUCGUUCACUGUUUUCAUCAUGUUUUCCACGCAUUUUCUUUCGAUUUUGGUUUGUAAUCGAACGAACUUGACUGUUGAUAGCGUCUAGUGGAGUAUUUUUUUAUACGAGAUGCCAAAAAUGUACAUAAAUAUAUUUGUAAGUAUAAACGAGUACAAUAUUCAUUCCAGAUUGUGUAAAUAAUUAUAGAAAUGAUAAUAUAAAUUGGUUUUAUAUGUA